CUUUCAGCAACCAUGAAGCCGACCGUUGCCGCUGACGAAAUGUUUCCCGAAGGAGUUGGACCUUGGAUGGAUUUGGAAGAAGCUGGUGGCCCAUCCAAUCUUCUCAUGGAUUUGGCUGCAAAUGAAAAAGCAGUCCAUGCAGACUUCUUCAAUGAUUUUGAAGAUUUGUUUGAUGAUGACGACCUAAAGUAGUGUUGGUUGCUG